GAGAAAUAAUAGUCAAGCUCAAGCGUUGGUGGCGCAUAUUGGUCAUUGUGCUCAGCCCACUCAUACUUCUUCCACUUCCUCUUAUUGUCAGAACUAUUGUAAGAAUUGAACAUGUAUUGUCUAGUAGGCAGAAUUGUAGGUAUUGUUGUUGUUAUUUUUUAUAGCAAGCAAGAUGUGCCUAUAUUGUACUGCUUCUCACCAUCUAUUGGGUGAUUGAAGCAAUGCCAUAUGCAGUAACUUCCUUAUUUCCACUUGCAUUCUUUCCUAUGGCCGGUAUUUUACCUGGAGACGAUAUUACGACAUUGUUCAUUGGUAGUAUGAUACUAGCUCAUGCAAUGGAACAUGUUCAUCUUCAUCGACGAUUAGCAUUACUUGUACUUAGUAUUGUUGGCUCAUCGAUCAAAUGGAGUAUGGCCGGAUUAAUGGGUGUCACUGCUUUCUUGAGUAUGUGGAUCAAUAAUUCAGCAGCUACCAGUAUCAUGAUACCGGCAGCAAUAGCCAUUAUUGAUGAAGUUGAAAAUUAUGAAAAAAAAGUGCAGCAGAAGCAACAGCAGCAAGCACCAGAAUCUGAACGACAACCGAAAGAAAUUAUACCAACAGUUACGGCAGGUACUGGACAAUUUACAUUUCAAUCAUCAUUCAAAUAA